AUGGAUGAACAGCAAGUUUCUGUUUUGGAGGUAAUUAGAAAGCUUGGCAUAGUACCUGUCUACGGAUGGGAAGCUCGCUUUGAUCAUAAAUGUAAGAUAAAAUGCCGUCCUUUUACCGUGCCACGGACUUCGCAAAUGAGGGAUAUUUUGGGGAUGUCUCUUCGAUAUGCUUUCCAGUUUUACAUAAAGAAGCGUUUUAUUCAGCACCGGUUGCCCUUUAUUGAUGCUGUUUCUCACGUGCCAUGGAGACCUAUAUAUGGCGUACCGAUUGGAGGCAUUGGUAGUGGUUCUAUCGGGCGAGGAUAUCGUGGGGAGUUUUGUCGUUCAAGCCUGAUACCAGGUAUGUACAAUUACGACGUACAACCUGUUGAUCAAUUCAUCGUAACAGUCAGAAAAAAUGGUGUUACUGUUUAUCACCAAGUUCUGUCACCGUUAACGAAACCUCCAUCAAAUGCCAAGAAAUUAAAAAAGUGGAAGUGGGGUUUUGAUCCAGAAAAAGGUCAUUACCUUGGUUUAUAUCCUAGAUCAUGGACAGUUUAUGAAAUACCUGAACUUCAACUUGUAUUAGUUUGCCAACAGAUAUCCCCCGUUAUACCGCAUGACUAUCAGACAACAUGUCUUCCGGUUGCUGUAUUUUAUUGGAAAGUCAUAAGCUGGAAUAAAGAAAAUUUGAAAGUUACUAUCACAUUUUCAUGGCAUGGCCCAAAUCAUCGUAAACGAACUAAAUCAAGUGAUUUUUCCAAAUCUGAGGGCGAAAAUAAUAGUAGUGAAAACACUACAAAUACUCAUGUUUCUACUGCGGAAAAUGCUUUCCCAACUUGCUCUCAACGAUCCACAUCUUUUUCUACUGGAGGUAACGUACUUGGAUGUCUUUUAGAAAGAACUAUUGGGGAUGAAUUACCUUGUUGUUUUGGUAUCGCAGCUAAAUCAACAGACAAAGUCGAAGUAAGUCGGUGUCCAGGCUUCUGUUUUCACGAUAAAUCAUUGCACAUUACCUUGCAUGAUUCCAGACAUAAUCCCGAAGUUAAUGGGAACGGUCACUCAGAUGUGAUGACUUAUCUUUCCUACACUGAAGCACCAUCUGCUUCACAAUUCUGGAAUAAUCUUCAGUAUGAUCAAAUACCUCCUGAUUUCCAUACAAUUGGUUAUACCGUGCCACUUGAUUCUGAAGCCAAGAAAUCACCCAAACUAGCCAUAGCUGUAAGUGCCACAACUGAAGUACCCCGAUGCAACAUCACUGAUAAUCUUAAUCCUAGUCAAAGCGAAGUUGAAUUUGCCAUCACCUGGCAUUCUCCAAUAGUAAAAUUUCGAACAGGUGACGUUGUUUAUACUCGUCGAUAUGUUCGUUGGUUUCCUGUUGACAGAAUAUCUGGAGCUAAAUUGUUACUAGCCCAUGCAAUAGAUAAUUGGAGGCAAUGGGUCCAGAAAAUUGAGGAUUGGCAAAAUCCUAUCCUCAAUAAUCAAUCGCUUCCAAGUUGGUAUAAGUCUGCUUUAUUCAAUGAAUUAUAUUAUCUUAGUGAUGGUGGAACUGUAUGGCUAGAUCCAAUCCAAGUUGAUUGUUUUAAAUCAGAUCUGCUGAAUUGUAUACCACUAGACCUUGUACGAAGCUACAAAAAUGGUGUGGAUAUGGAUCCAUAUAAGUUAACUGGUCGCAAAAUUAAAACUCCAACUACAGUAACUGAAGAUAUGAAAGUCGACUCUUGGGAUCAUCGUGCUAGAUUAUCACGUGAAAUAGGUUUGUUUGGAUAUCUUGAAGGUCAUGAAUAUCGAAUGUACAAUACAUACGAUGUACAUCAUUAUGCAUCAUGGGCUUUAAUAAAAUUAUGGCCUAAAAUACAACUGGCUUUAAAUUAUGAUUGUGCCGAUUUGACUAUAGCUGAAGAUUCAACUUCAGUCUAUUACAUUGGUAAUGGGAAAACGUUAUUCAGAAGUUCCGAAUGUGCAGUUGUUCACGAUUUUGGUGAUCCGGAAGACGAACCUUGGCGAUGUACCAACGCCUACAUAAUGUUUCCUACUGAUACGUGGAAAGAUUUGAAUUCGAAAUUCAUUUUACAAGUUUGGCGUGAUUGGCGUAUUACACAAGACCAUCAAUAUUUAUUAUAUAUGCUUCCGAUUGUUUUGAGAAUUCUGAGAAAGUCGUUGGUAGCAUGGGAUUCUGAUGAUGACGGACUAAUUGAGAAUUCAGGUUUUCCUGAUCAAACGUAUGACGUAUGGACUGCAAAAGGCCUGACUGCUUACACUGGUGGCAUGUGGCUCUCUUGUCUAUAUGCUACAUUUGAUAUGCUCUCUUGGUGUUUAAAAAGUGAUUCACCUGUAUAUGAUCAAAUAGUUAAUAAUACAGAUGAUACUCAACGUUCUUGGAGUGAAAUUAAAGAUGAAGUUCAAACACUAUUCACUAAAGCACGCGAUUCAUACAAUGCCAAACUAUGGACAGGUUCGUAUUACGCUUUCCAAUCAUACUGUACUCCUAGACGUGAAGUUAUUAUGGCCGAUCAGUUAAGCGGAUAUUGGUUUUCCCGUAUUACUGGAGUGCCACCGAACUUGAUUUUACCCAAAAAUCAUGUAGUGAAAACCCUACAGACAAUUUCGAAUUGCAAUUGGCAUGGCAUAAAAAAUGGCACUAUAGGUGCAAUUAACGGUUGUCUUCCAGUCUGUAAACCUGACCUUAGUAGUGUUCAAGCAGAAGAAUUUUGGGUCGCUGUAAACUACUCACUUUCUUCUCUUAUGAUAGCCGAGGGAAUGAUUGACGAGGGGUUGGCUCUCGGCGAAAAAUGCUACAACACUAUCUACAAUCUUUACGGAUUACAAUACCAGACACCUGAAGCAUACAUGUCUGAUGGUCGUUUUCGUUGUCCUGGAUACAUGCGGGCACUGGCUAUUUGGAGUAUUCAACAGGCAUUAGAAUUCACCAACAUAUACAAGUACUCAGACGCUUCAGAAUUUAAUGCUACAUUUACAAACAUUUAA